AUGGCGGAGGCGGCGGCGGCGGCGGCCGGGCCUCCCCGUGGGGCGCGGGGGGCAACCGCAUCGCCCGGCGGCAGCCGCUGCCCGGGCGCGGGGAAGGGCGGCGGCGGCCCGGGCUCCGCCUCGUGUGAUGCGCGGCGCCGGGGCGGGGACGGGGCGGGCUGGCGGAGCCGCUCCGAGGGCUGCGUGCCUCGAAGGAACACAGAGCAGCACAUACACAGUACUCCCUGUCCUGGGUUGUAUCCUCUCAACAACCCUGAGAGGGGCGGGGGUCGGAAGAAGAGGCUUUUCCACCGCAGAGCCGAGCGGGGCCUUUGUGCGCAAAGCGGCCGGGCGAGCGGCUGCGGGGCGGGCGGCGCGGCGCGGCGCGGGGCUCCUUCCCCUUCCCCCGCUGACCGGAGCGGGGGGAUGCCCUGCGAAGCAGCCGCCGCCGGGGCUUCGUGGCGAGCAGGCGGGGCGUCGGCUCCCCCGCCCCGCCGGGGCGCUUCGGCCAGCGGACCCCCCUCGGGCUCCAGGCGGCCGAGGAGCGGAGGAGGCGGAGGCAGCGGCGGGAUGGAGCCGCCGGCCGGAGAGGAGGCGAGCGCGGCCCAGGCGGCCCGGGGCCCCGGCUCGCCUCCCCGCGGCAAGGGGGGGCGGCGAGGCGGGGCCAGGGGGCCGCCGCGCCUCCGGCGGGCCGUCGCCGUGGACAGCUCCAAGGCGCGCACCUCGCUCGGCGCCCUCAAGAUCAGCCUGCGCCAGCUGCGCUGGAGAGAGUUUCCAUUUGGUCGCCGUUUGCCCUGCGACAUCUAUUGGCACGGCGUGUCGUUUCACGAUAAUGACAUCUUCUCGGGCCAAGUCAACAAAUUUCCAGGCAUGACUGAAAUGGUGCGGAAAAUCACCCUGAGUCGUGCCGUGCGGAUCAUGCAAGACCUGUUCCCUGAGGAGUACAACUUCUACCCCCGUUCCUGGAUCCUGCCCGAGGAAUUUACUGGCUUUCUCACAGAGGUUCGUUUGAUGAAGGACAACAAUCCCACCUGGAAGCCCACUUUCAUUGUGAAACCUGAUGGGGGUUGUCAGGGGGACGGGAUCUACCUCAUUAAAGAACCCAGUGAGGUCCGGCUGAUGGGCAACCUCCAGAGCAGGCCAGCAGUGGUCCAGGAGUACAUCUCCAAACCUCUUCUGAUUGACAAGCUGAAGUUCGAUAUCCGGCUGUAUGUUCUACUGAAGUCUUUAGAGCCCCUCGAGGUCUACGUUGCCAAAGACGGACUCUCCCGGUUUUGUACGGAGCCCUACCAAGAGCCGACCCUCAAGAAUCUCCACCAAGUAUUCAUGCACUUGACCAACUAUUCCCUCAACAUCCACAGUGGGAAUUUCGUGCACUCAGACAGCAGCAACACAGGCAGCAAGCGGACGUUCUCCAGCAUCCUUUGCAGGCUCUCUUCCAAGGGCGUCGAUACCAAGAAGGUCUGGUCCGAUAUAAUUUCGCUAGUCAUUAAGACUGUUAUUGCAAUGAUCCCCGAACUGAAGGUUUACUAUCAGUCUGACAUACCGGCAGGAAAACCAGGACCGUCUUGUUUCCAGAUUUUAGGGUUUGACAUUCUCCUGAUGAAGAACCUGAAGCCGAUUUUGCUGGAAGUCAAUGCCAACCCCAGCAUGAGAAUUGAGCAUGAAAAAGAGCUUUCUCCAGGAGUUUUUGAGUGCGUCCCAAGCCCUGUCGAUGAAGAAGUCAAGGUGGCCGUGAUCCGGGACACGCUUCGGUUAGUGGAUCCCCAUAAGAAGAGGAAGGAAGAUAAACGAUCUCAGCCCGUGGAGCUUGCAUCACAGGAGAACAAAGACUUACCUGAAGAAGAAUCGAUGGACAAGUUGGAGUUGGAGCCCAGCACAGCCCCCGAAAACAAAUUACCCACCGUGUGCCUGAAGCAGGUGUUUCCAAAGUAUUCGAAGCAGUUUAACUACCUGCGGCUGGUGGAACGGAUUGCUGUUUUGUUCAUCCGCUUCCUGGGCGUCAAAGGCACUACCAAGCUGGGACCAACGGGUUUCCGGACAUUUGUAAGAAACUGCAAGAUUAGUAGCAGCAGCUUCUGCAUGGCGGCUGCAGACAUACUGUACAUCGACAUCAGCAGAAAGUGGAAUGGCCUUGGAGUAGACCAAAGAGAAUCAGGGAUGGGCCUGCAAGCUUUCGUGGAGGCCUUCUUUUUCCUGGCGCAGAGAAGGUACAAAUCUCUCUCCCUCCACGAGCAGGUGGAGCUGCUCGCCGACUUCUGCGAGUACAACCUGUCCGCGCUGGAGGAGAAGCGCCUGGCGUGCGGCCGCGGGGUCCCUGAGCGGCGCCCGGCCCUGGUCACUUGUCAGCAAGACCGGCUGCACCUCCGGCCCGCCUCUCCGAUGCCGCCUCUGAACCACAACCCGGUUGCCCCGAAGCUGGUUGAUUAUCGAAGUUCUCGGCCCUGA